AUGAGCUCAAAAAAGAGCAGGCCUGUUGAAGAACUCGAGGCAGCACUAUUCUUUUUUAAAUGGAGUAGAACAGCAUUGGAAACUUAUGCGAAAACUAUCAAAAUAAACUAUUUGAAAAAGUUGAUUGAGCAUUGCACACGAACUCGAAUUGACGAUGAUGCAAAUAUUUUGAAUUAUAAUGGAAUCAGUAGCGAUCCGAAAAACUUGAUCGAUGAUAGUAAGGAUGCGAAGAAAAGAUUAGAAGCGGCCAAGAAACGAAUGGGAACCUCGCAGAUUCCAGAUUCUGAUGAAGACGAUUAUUUCAAACCAAAUAAGAUCGUUUCCCUAGUCGAACUAGCUUGUUUGUAUAGAAUAAAAGCGUUGCUGAAAAUGUGCGAAGAGCUUACAAAGCUUAUGGCCAGAAUGGCGACAUGGCUUGACGAGAAUCGCUCACUUCUUCGAAAAUUCGCAAACUUGAUCAGCAUCCUUCCCGAUUGCCGUCGAAUAUUCGAAUCAGUGUGUGGUGUUGGAGAAGUAUUUCGUUUAUUAUCAAUCGAUUGGACCAAAUGUGAUCAAAGCAAGUUUUUGGUGCCAUCUAAAGACGAUUACACGUCUGAAGAAAAUUACGAGUUGGUCAUUGUCGAUGCUAAGAAUUAUUGUCCACAUCUUAUAACGAAAAUCAAUUAUUUCAGAACAUUGAUUUAUACAAUUGGAUGCUCAUUCACGGCGAUGCUCGAGACCAUAUUCCUAAAAGUGGCAUAUGAACGAUGCGAAAUUCGAUCCAAACAAAUCAACGAGAUUCUCAAAAAUCUUCCUCCUCAAUUUCUUUAUGCGGAAAAUUAUCGAAAAUUGUCAAGAAGAACAAUGAAGUUGCUCGAAUGCCCACCGAAAAAUGAUCAUAGUUUUCCAAUGAUUUCAUCGAUUCGAAAUGACACGAAGACCAAGAGCAGCUCGAAAAAGCAAAAGGCACCGAUUGCAACAAAAUCAGAAAAGUAUCAGUCAAGGUAA